UUUUUCUUCGUUCCACCAAGAUGGUUCUUGUUCCGACCGCCAUGUCGGUCUUUGUUAACAGCCGUCUAAAUAUCUGCAUUGCAGGCUCUCAUGAACGAGGCUGGCAGACCUUCAAACCGGGAAAAGCGUAAAUUUCUAUCCAGAAAGGAUGGAUCCAAAUUAUAUUUCUGAGGAGGAAGAGGAUGACGAAGAAGAAGACGACGAAAAAUCGUCUGACGAGUCUUCGUUCGAAUCGGAAAGUGACAGCCAGUCCCAGCCAUUCCCGACAACAUUGGAGCCAACUCAAGAAUUUUGCUACCAGUCCACUAGACUUGAGCUGCCGCAGGGUCUGUGCGAGAGUCCGGAAGUAUUCAAUGAGUUCUUCUCCUUGGACAUGUGGAACAACUAUCUCACUUCUGAGCAGAGGACUCUGCUUAUGAAAUACUUACCUAAUUUUGAAGAGAACAGCAGUGCAGAAAGAGUCAUUACCCUUCGAAGACUUUUCACUGGCGCGAAUUUUUGUUUUGGAAACCCUCUUCACAAGUUUUUCGCCCUGCUUAAGGAUGGUAACUUCACCUCCAAGACUGAGAGGCUUAAGACUCUGAGGAAACGAGUACAGGCACAAGAAUGCAAGCUUUUGCAGCAGAGAAACAUGCACGCGAUCCUUAGGAGCUUGUUGUCCUCAAAGAAGCAUAAUCCCUCCCUCGCACUUGUCUUUCCCUCAAGUGAAGUGGCGCCUCGACUCAGCCGGCUCGCUCUGGCUGCAAAGCCUACUCCGGCUGAAGAACGCACCAAGCGCAGAUACUUCAACGAACUAAACAAGAUCCGCUGUUCCAUCGGUGAAUUCGGACAAAGUGAUGACGAAAUAUACACCGAAGGCCCUCCAGUUGGGCCUAGCAAGAAGCACAAAAAACAGUUUUCGAGUGCCGAAACUUCUCUAAGACAGGAAAUGCCUGUCGUCAUGUCUUCCCACGGUGAUCUCAGACCCACCUGUCUUGAAACCAAAAAUCCGCUGGAUUUCAACGAAAAGUAUUACAAGAAGGUUAUUUCCAAUUACAGAAAACGCAAGCGGAAAGAAGGGACCUUCACCGAGAUGAACGGAAUGCAACGUCAAAGGACGCAGCCAGCGACGAAAAGCCCUUCAAAGCCCCCGCCUAAGAGGAGAAAGAUAAAAGUUGAGCCAGUUCCGUCUCCUGCAUUCUCCCCCAAGGUUGUCAACGGCUCUAUUUAUGAGGAACGGAAUACAAAAAUAAAGUCUGAACCAGUGUAUGGAAACGGCCAAAACAUUAGUGCCAAACCGACUGCGAACGCUAAGGUUCUGAACAGACGCCGGAGCAGUGCCAAGCCGAUCGCUGUUCCCACUUCCGCGCCUGCCGAAGUCGCCACUUCAAUUCUUACCCCAGAUGCGAUCAAGAAGGAGAAGGAAAGAGUGGUUCCGCUGCCAGAGCCGCUAAGCACGACACUGAACCAAAGCAACAACUGCGUGAUGCCCGCUGCCAGGAUGGCGGCACCAGUAACGCCAGCGAUGCCAGUCAUUCCAACCCUACCGGACAUUGCCCCUCUGCCCCCUACUGCGAUACCUGAAGACGUUCAAACCUCCAUCGACAAUAAUCAGAUACUCCCAAACAUCACCUUCACACCGCAGGAGAUGGAGGCGCUGGAGCUGAUCAACAUGGCUGAAUUCGAAGACAUCGUCGCACAAAUCACAGCGGCUCCCCUGUCGACCACCCCUCCUGUGAUGAACCCCUCCACUUCUUCCAAGCCAGAAUACGAGUUGAAUCAAGAAAUGCACGUGUGCUUCUUCACCUUGGUACGGGACAUUAUUUGCUCGACCCAGGACCAGCGAAUGGGACUACCAUCGCUGACUAGCAAACUGCAGGCAUGGCAAGAGAGUCCAAUUUCACCCCUCAACGACUGGUUUGGCCUGUCAGAGAACUGGGUUAAUCACCUCCAGUCUGCGAUCAACUUUUUGUCAGGAGAUUUUCCUGCAGAGACUCAGCCUGACGACUUUGUCCCCUACUUGGAGUACAAACCGCACAUGCAAGCGUACCAGUGGAUAGGCGCUGGCCGAGACUCUGAUCACAAUUUGGCUACGCUUUGCACGCACUGGCUGGAACGGCGAAAUGAUGUCCCUGCCAACAUCUGCCAAGAGAAGGAGAGCACUGACGAGCCAAGCCUACUGCAACCACCGCCGCCUCGGUGUCCCACCAGCUGGCAGGUGCAGCCGGCAGCUGGCGCAGCCCGGGAACUAUUCCACCUUCAAGAAAAAGAGCGAUAUGAUAAUCCAAACAAGGCCUACACAUACAGAUUGCACGGAUUUGAAUCCGUUGUGGGACCGCUCAGAGGAGCCAGCGCGACCAACUCGUCGCUCUCUAAACCCAGAGGGCACACGCUGUUGGUUUCUGACCGCCCCAAUUGUGUUACACUUCUCGCUUUAGUGCGGGAUGCUCUUGCAAGACUGCCCAAUGGCGAGGGGACGCGAAGUGAUAUUUGCAUUCUGCUGAGGGACUCGCACUACAUUUCCCCUGGCGCCGAGGAGAAUUACUUGCAAGCAGUCGUCGGGGGAGCGCUUGACAGACUUCACAACGAGCCUGACAAGUGCAUCAAGUACGAUCCAAAGAGAAAAAUAUGGGUAUACCUUCACAGAAAUCGAACUGAAGAGGAUUUUGAGAAAAUAUAUCAGCAGAACCAGUGCAUGCCUCAGAAGAAUAAGAGGGCCGCCCCGAGAAAGAGUGUCCGGGCACCGCGGACGCCUAAAGCUAAAGAACCAGCACUUGGUGGCUACACUAUUGUGCAUGAACCUGAGAAGUCGGCAGAGGAAAUGGACAAGGUGCUGGCUGAGGUGGUCAGCUCGCUCUCCUCGGACAUGCCGGCCACGCAUUUCCAGCAGCCACAAGCUGCGCCGGCCGUGACGCCAAAGACGCAGCUUCAAAUCAAGGCCAAGGCUGCGACCCCUGCUCCUCCCAGACAGUUCGCAGUCGCGGCUGGUGGUACAUUCCAAAAUGUGCAGAUCGCGACAAGCACAGGUCUGCAGACCAUACAAAUCUCAGCACCAAACAAAGGAGGUGGAACCUCUCUGCUGACUACCUCCGCUGCUAAAGUCUGCAAGGCCGCCGCUAAGAAGCCCACGCCUGCAUCGUCUCCACAAACGUUGCUGACAAAGAGAACAGUGGUGCCGACCCAGACGCCAGUCACAGGGAACAGGCUCAGCGGGACAAUCCCCACAAGCUCAUCUGCCACCGGAAACACCGCAAUGCUGAGCAAGACAAGCUUAGAGCCGACCAAACAAACUGCACCAGCUCCGUUGCAGGUGCAUCAGAAGCAAGUGGAGACGGCCAAAGUGAUCUCUAAGAAGGCAGUGGUCGGCGUCACUCCGUCGCAGAUGAAACUGCUCAACAGCGGCUUGUCCAAAGCGCAACAGCAGAACUUGCUGCAGCAGAUUGCCAGGCCUCAGUUGCAGCAACAGCAGCAGUCACAGAUUGUUGCAGCCAAAACGUUGCCGCAGAACAUCAAAGUCCUAUCCAACACAGUGAAAGGUGCCCCGCUGAUGGGCUCUCCACGACCUCAGGCAGUUUUCAUCAAGCAGUCAUCACUGGCUGCCGCUGGAGCAGCGCAGUCAGGUCAGCCUGGCGCCACUAUGCCCACCCUGAUCAUGAACAAGAGCGGCGGCUUCCAAGUAACCUCAGCGGCGGCACUCAAGACCGGUGAGUCAGGUGUCAAGCCACUGGUAACCAAGUUGGUGGCCACCAACUCUCAGGGCCAGCUCAUUUCUCUCGAGAGCCUCGGCGGGCAAAAGCAACUCGUUGCCUCCACUUCAGCUGGCGCAACGACAGGAAAGUCGCCACAGUUUCUGCACGUUGCUGCUGGCUCAGGAGGUGUGCCCCAGCUAGCUGUUGUAUCAUCUGGAAGCGUCGUUCGACCUCGAUUGGCCCAACCUCAACAGGUGAAGGCUGGUGGCAUCAGGUUGCUGAGCCCGUCAGCGAUCCAAGGUGGAACCUCUGGCUACAACAUUGCGUCAAUUGGCGGUCAGCAGGUGAUUUUGGCCAGCAAACCGCAAACGCCGGGACAGAAUCUCUUUUUGACCAGUGGCAGCGGCUCGAAUCAGACUGUGGUGUUGGCUUCACCGAGCGGCCUGCGACCCCAAGGCCUUGUCCUGCAGCAGGGUGGGGCGCAGCAAAUUGUGCUGCCGGCCAACCUUCAAGGGGGUAACUUGAACAUCAAGUCGCUGCAGAAUGUUCAGGGAAUUCGCGUCAUUCCAAUUGCUCAGGCGGCAGCCUCAAACGCCAAUCUUGCCAAAGGGCGACAGCAGGUUUUCGCCAGGAUCAUCUCGCCAACAAACCGUGCAGCGUUGCAAGCCAACUUGGCCAAGAGUGUGGAAGGGACCAAAGGUGUGGACGGAGCCGCUGAGUAAAGACUCGCGACUCCUGUAAUCAACUUCUCGGUGUUGCAUAUUGCAAUGUGAAAUAAAAAUGGUGAACAUGUGUUGGUUGUUGGCUUUUUUAAAUAAAUAUGGUAUGCCCUUAAACUGUCACGGCUUAAUAAUUUUACGUGAUCAAAUAGUGGUGGUUACUCCCUGGGCUGGUGGAAUGAAUGCACAUUUCCAGAAUCACAAAGCUGGCAACCAACCAAUGUUCCUAGACCACAAUUAAUGGAUGUUCCAUACGUUUCGAUUAUAUUUGUGGAUGAUGAAGUAUAAACUAGAAAAUAUUUAUUAUUUUAACAAAGCGAUUCUUGUAAAUAACAGGUGUUACAAUUAAAAUCGAAUUAAAAGUGUAUUCUAUUUUGCUUUUAUAUGGAAGAAUAAAGAAAGCAAUUCAACAACA